AUGUGUGGGAAACUGAUGAGCUUGGAGAUGGGAAGACCCAAUUAUGCGCUAGAGAUUGCCACUCAUAAUGAUUUUGGUUGCAUGAAUAUACAUUUUGUGCUUCUAGUUAGCCGGCAAGGAAAAGUAAGGCUCACCAAGUGGUAUUCGCCUUAUACACAAAAGGAAAGAUCUAAGGUCAUACGCGAACUCAGCGGCGUAAUUCUGAACCGAGGUCCCAAGCUCUGCAAUUUUAUCGAAUGGAGAGGAUACAAGGUUGUCUACAAAAGAUAUGCAAGCCUGUACUUCUGCAUGUGCAUUGAUGAGGCGGACAACGAGUUAGAGGUACUGGAGAUUAUUCAUCACUACGUCGAGAUUCUUGACCGUUACUUUGGCAGUGUGUGUGAACUCGAUUUGAUUUUUAACUUCCACAAGGCGUAUUAUAUAUUGGAUGAGCUGUUGAUCGCCGGUGAGCUUCAAGAGUCGAGCAAGAAAAUAGUGGCGAGGAUCAUAUCAGCUCAGGAUCAAUUGGUGGAGGCUGCGAAAGAGGAGGCUAGUUCCAUUAGUAAUAUAAUUGCUCAGGCGACCAAGUAGUUUCACUCUUCUCCUGCUCUUACGCAAUGUUUAAACAUGGUUAAUGGUUUUAAUAUUUCCUGAUAAAUUCUCUUCUAAAUCUCACACUUUUUGGUUUUUUUUUUUUUUUUUCAUGUCAUGUGUAUUAUUUGUCUGGUUUAUAAGUAAUAUGAUCGUUGUUGGUUUUAUAUAAGUCGUGAUUGUUUAUACUGAUCCGAUUUCUUAAACCCGAGUUGAGAAAUCCAAUGCUCCCCGGUUCGUUUAUCCCAAUUGUACCAA